UGUGACACAAAUUGCCUCAGACCCUAAGCCAUGCCGAGGUCAAGGGUUAUCGCUCCGUGGGUGCGGUCGAGAGACUGAAGGAGUGAAGAUUUACUGGUGACACAGGUGUGAGAAUUAAUGUCCCUACGACCAGACGUGGAGAAGGCCGUCAACGACUUGUCACAGGCGGCGACAGAAGACUCGUUGUAUGUCAUCAGUGAUGACGUAGAGUUAGGCUUCCAGACUUUCUGUGACAGACUGCUAGGACGUGUUCCUGGUCUCCACCUUUGGGCGGCAAGUUAUUUCAGCAAAACUCCAUCCGACGACUGGCCGGAGGAAUAUUUAACCAGACCCUUCCGUUCCCCACCAGCUGUUGUCAUGCAAGUAGAGCAGGAUGAAAAAUUCCGUUUUAACGUCAAACCCUAUACUCAAGAAGAGUUACUCAAAGAAAACAAUGAUCUAGAGACAGUACACCACCCACCUCAGGGGUACCCAGCUCUCUACCCAGGUAACUGUGAAACCUGUGGUUGUCAGGUGGCCACAAUCCUUCGCAGACUCCGUGGAAGAGUUUCAGAAAGGACCACGGCGUCGGGCACAGCACUAGCCAGCCUGGAGUGGAGAGACAUGUUGGUCCUGUACGGUACUGACCUUACAGGGAUUGACCCUACAGGGACUGGCCGUAAAGACAUCUCUGGUUUGAUAAGCGGACUUCAAAAUUCGGGUAUUCCAGUAGAGAUUAUGAAAGAUGAUAACAUUGAGGACGUGGCACGGCCUGCACUGAUGUGGUUUGGGUGACAAAUACUCGCAAUGUUCGUGGUUUGGAGAGAAAAGUCGUCGUGGUCGUGCAGGAAAGUAAUUUUGAUAUCCACAAUGAUCGACUUUACCUCAUGUCACGGUGUUCUUCAAAGCUCGUGAUUGUCUGCCCAGAUACACGUCUCUAAGUACAUACAUGUCAGGGUGGUUGGGGCUCUGAAGCAAAGUGGGGUCCGACGAGUCAAAAUUUCUCUAGGAAAACCCAACUCCAUGGAUAAGUCCCUAACUUUUUAUUGUAUAUUUUUGACAGAUGUGUAAAAAGAUUAUUGUUCCCAGUAGACCAGAUGUCAUUCUUAGUGAGAUUAUUAAUACCUGAGAUCAUCCGAUUGCUAAUAGGAUAGACAGUUUUUGACAAAACUAUUAUUCUUAUCAAUUUUAUUGUGAGGUUUUUGGAUAACCAAACCGAUUUUUCAGUCAAAUGAGUGGAAGAUCAACAGAAUUUUAAGAAGGCUACAAUUAAUUAACACGAAUGUUACAUUUAUGUUUUUAGGGCUCACCACAGAUUCCAUGUCUUUGGUAUAAUGAGCUUUUGUCUUCAGGAUCCAUAAGCUGUAAAGAAGACUUGUAGCCUUAUAACAUCAUAUAUUGGAUUCUUAGAUGCUAAUGAUCGAAUAUUGUAACAUGUUACUAAUUGGAUGUAAUGGCAAACUAGCAAAUGUUGACAUGUAAUCUCAGAGACAGUCUUCGUGCACUUCACUAUCUGUACCAAGCAUAAUCCAGGACAGAAAUUGUUAUUUAGCUCACAAAAUAAUUUAUACAUGUUAAAGUAACAUAUAUAUAUAUAUAUAAACAUACACACCCACAUAGUGACAUUCAACACGCACGCACACCUCUACCCUAUUGCACGUACACAUAAACUUCAUCCAAUGCAUCAUCGUCUGUCAUCUCCAGAGGCGAUCUUAUCAAGGAUGAAUAAGACACAGUCAAUCUUUGAUACAAAUGAGUGGUGAUGAAAGUUAAUCAUGAAGGAUUGCGUACUUGUUCGUGUUUGUUUGUGAGUGUGUUCCUCAAAUAGUUGUGUAACAUCGGUGCUCUAGCCCCCAGAGUGUCACAGAAUGAAUGGCCUUUGACCCACCGUAAGCAGUGGACUUGCAGGUUCUCUGAGGUCUCCAGUGUCAGUGAUUGUUGAUUUAGAGGGAAAGUGCUUCCAACUCGCGGUGAUUUCGCUCUGUGAG